AUGAAAUCUCACACAGAAGAUUAUCAAUUACUGCCCAAAUACCACCAUCAUCAUCAUAGCAUAGAUGAAGCAAGAGAUGAGGAAUACAGGCUUAGUAGCAGUGGCAGCAGUGGUUCCUCCAUGACAUUGGAUGAAGAAAAAGAAAGAAUUCCUCAUCGCACACUUCUCAAAGGCGUCAAAGAGCACGUUGAAGAGCAUUUCGAACGACCAGAACUUGUGCGUGAUUGUAUAUUGGGUCUAUCUGACGGCUUAACUGUUCCUUUUGCUCUUGCCGCUGGUCUCUCGAGUUUAGGUGAUAGUCGCAUUGUAAUCUACGGUGGAUUAGCAGAGCUGGUAUCUGGUGCUAUUUCCAUGGGAUUAGGCGGUUACUUGGCUGCUAAAUCAGAGGCAGAUCAUUACCAUACAGAGCGUGAGCGAGAGGCAAGGGAAGUCGAGUUGUAUCCAGAUGAAGAAGAGGAGGAAAUCAUUGAGCUGUUUGAACCCUAUGGCUUGGAUCGUGAAUCCAUGGAACCCAUGAUGGUGCGCUUUAGACAAAAUUCAGAGAAAUUUGUGGAUUUCAUGAUGAAGUUUGAAUUGAAUCUAGAAUUACCUGAUCCCAAUCGAAGCUGGAUCUCUGCUCUUACCAUUGGCUUAUCCUAUCUAUUUGGUGGCUUGAUUCCUCUGUUGCCCUAUGUCUUUAUUCAAAAUACAUCAAAUGCCCUGUACACAUCUUGUCUGGUCACAUCACUGACACUCUUUUGCUUUGGCUAUCUCAAGAGCAUCUAUCUGCGACCAAAACAAGCGUUGAUCGGAGCCAUACAGACAUUGGCGAUUGGUGCAGUAGCCGCUGCAUUUAGUUAUGGUAUUGUUGCUUUUUUUAACGCUGCAAAUGGUGGUGAAUCGGCUGUGGAAAAACUAUGA